AGCUGAUUGUUCCUAGUCCUGAGGGCUUCACAGAGGCGCCAUGAGCUGCGUUAACCUGCCCACCGUGCUGCCCAGCUCCCCCAGCAAGAUGCGGGGGCAGAUCCAGGUGAUUUUCGGGCCGAUGUUCUCAGGAAAAAGCACAGAGCUGAUGAGACGGGUCCAGCGCUUCCAGAUUGCCCAGUACAAGUGCCUGGUCAUCAAAUAUUCCAAAGACACUCGCUACAGCAGCAACUUCUGCACACAUGACCGGAACACCAUGGAGGCACUGCCGGCCUGCCUGCUCCGCGAUGUGGCCCAGGAGGCCCUGGGUGCAGCUGUCAUAGGCAUCGAUGAAGGGCAGUUUUUCCCCGACAUUGUGGAGUUCUGUGAGACCAUGGCCAACGCCGGGAAGACAGUGAUCGUGGCUGCAUUGGAUGGGACCUUCCAAAGGAAGGCUUUUGGGCCCAUCCUGAACUUGGUGCCCGUGGCCGAGAGUGUGGUGAAGCUGACCGCAGUGUGCAUGGAGUGCUUCCGGGAAGCUGCCUACACCAAGAGGCUGGGCACGGAGAAAGAGGUUGAGGUGAUUGGUGGAGCAGACAAGUACCACUCUGUGUGUCGCCUCUGCUACUUCAAGAGGGCCUCGGGCCAGCCUGCUGGGGUGGACAACAAAGAGAACUGCCCGGUGCUGAGCAAGCCUGGGGAGGUGGCUGCAGCAGCCACCAGGAAGCUCUUUGCCCCUCAGCAGGUCCUGCAGUGCAGCCCGAUCAACUGAGGAGGCCUGAGAAGGGCCAUCUGCCGCCACCUAGCGGUCGCCUGCCCCCCCCCGCUGUGUGGCCAGCCAGUUGGGGAGGGUUGCUGUGCCUGGGGGACUUUCUGAGGCUGCCACACACGUCACGUGUCACAUGGCUCCCUCAUUGCCUGCUCACCAUCCCUUUCUUGGUUCCCCUCUGGGCUGUUGGGAUGAGCUGCAGACACACGCACACCCCCUUCUCUGUGGAGUGGGGCAGAGCCACAUGCUGUUGUGACAUCAGUGCUGCCGGCCUCUUCCCCCUUUUGUGGCUUUCACUGUCAAGUUUCUGUUCUCCCUGGGAAGUCUGGGCACUAGCACUUUGCGCCUUGGCCCACACAGCUUUGGUCCCUCUGCCAGGACAGGUCCCACCUUCUGGGGACGGCCUGGCCUCAUGCCCUCUGGCUCCCUUUGGGCUCAGAGCCCUUCUAUGCUCUUCCGCUGUUUUUCUCCAGAACUACAGCACUUGUCACCUUGUGACACUGACUCAGCUGGGGCUCAGACCCCAGGGAAUCAUCUUUAAAAGUGGGAAGCAGGGGAAGGGUCCAUGCUUCAGUGUGUGAAAUUAGUAACUAAUAUUAAAAUUCAAUAGUUGGUGAAA